AUGGCUCUUAAUGUUAUUUUUCUUUGCCUAGACCAUGACAAAAUGUUUAAGAUGAGUGAAAAGAUCUUACUCCUGUGUGUUGGGGAGGCUGGAGACACCGUGCAGUUUGCAGAAUACAUUCAGAAAAAUGUUCAGCUCUACAAAAUGAGGAAUGGUUACGAAUUGUCUCCUACUGCAGCCGCCAACUUCACGCGACGAAACCUAGCUGACUAUCUCCGGAGUCGGACCCCUUACCACGUCAACCUUCUCCUGGCUGGCUACGAUGACCACGAAGGUCCUGCCCUUUAUUACAUGGAUUACCUUGCGGCUCUGGCUAAAGCUCCCUUUGCAGCACAUGGAUACGGUGCAUUCCUUACCCUCAGCAUCCUUGACCGCUAUUACAAGCCAAGUAUCACACGUGAGGAAGCUGUGGAGCUCCUAAAAAAAUGUCUAGAGGAGCUCCAGAAACGCUUCAUCCUAAAUCUGACUUCUUUCAGUGCCCGCUUCAUUGACAAAGAUGGCAUCCAUGAAGUGGACACUAUACCUCUUGCAAAAACGGUGUCCUAACCCCCGAGAUCUUUCUUCAGCAGUCGUCUUUUUUUUGUUCACUUCUGGGUUUUUUUUCUAUUCGUUUGAAGCACACAAAGUCAUGUACUGCACUGGGAGAUCCAAUAAAGAUUGACCUUUAUAUAGCCA